CUCCGUUCCUGUGCUCCGUCGAGAGGUGUAGUGAAAGAACGGUGCGAUAGCUUGUUACAACAGCUCGACAACUCGUUCGGAGCUCGUAUAGCUUCAGUGUGCUCUUCCCAUAGCGUUGGUUAUACGACUCAUUUGCAUUGUCGUAGCAUUGGCUGUGAGUUUGACGUUGGCCCUAUGAUCAGACUUCAAUGCUACAAGUGGCUUGUGAACAAAUGGUUCAAUUGAACUAAGGUGCUCGCUGCCAUCACAUUGGGUCUGGUGUUUCACGGACGGACAUCGGUGGAUCGUACAGAGUGGUUUUGAUGAGUUAAUUGCAUAUGUGGAUUUUGGAUUGGAAAUAUUCCCAUUGAUCAGUUCGUGAGUUGUGGAGUUUCCAGCACUGAAUAAUACCACAAAUCUAUCAAAAUGACCACGCAGCACAAAACCUGACUCUCGAACGAUUGGACCUCGACAAGAUUCAACCAUUCCUUGAAACAAGGAGAACUGUGCUUGUGGUGUUCUCCUGUCUUUUAGCGCCAGCAGUUCCAGUCUCUCCUCAGCUUCGGAGAGAGUUGCUAGUCAUCUUGAUUUCCUCAUUUACAUAAGCAUCAUUAGAAAUAUCGCAUCUUGUCUGUUUUUAGUGACCUCAGGUGUUGUGAGUUAUUUCAAGCCCAAACAACACGCGAGAAAAUCUUCAAAAAUAAUUUUUUUCUCUUUUUUAACAUAUUUCAAUUUUUAAAUCAAACUAUCAGUUAGGUGAUGUUCUUGCUGAUAAAACUUUUUGAAGACUGAAAUAAUUACAGGAAACACAUGAUAGGAUUUCUUCUAUAAUUUACAUAUUUGAUUCGGGAAUCAAACUGAUGCAAAGCUGGAAUUUUUCCAUGGAAUGUGUUUGAAGUUAUUUGAAGUAUUUUGGUGCCAAGUAUUCUCCACAGUUGAGGAAUAUAUUUGGUUUUAAAAUACCCUUAAUCAGAAUUUUUAAAUCUGAAGAUCCCUGCAGCUACCUUUAGCAUACAAAUCCUGUCCCCCAUCAUUCUGAAAGCUGACAAUUUGAAGGCAAGUUAUCUGUGUUGAAAGGGUUGUACGUCGCACUGAAAAUACAGACAAAUUGCUGAAAUUCAGACUUAAAUAAACGAUUCCGUGGACCAGGGGAUCUGACUUGAAUCUAAACCUGAGGGAAGGCAGUGCGGAUUUGCAGUCAGUGGAAUUUAACUGAAGUGAACUACCUGAAGUUGUCUGUGAGUUCGUCUGUAUCUGGCUCCUUGACAUGGAGAGGAUAUCGGUCACGCGCUUCUCAUUCCGGAGGAAGGGCAGUUUCCGCAAGGACAAAGACAAGGAUGACCACAAGGAUGACUUUGAUUACUCCAAGAUGACCUACAUCAGCCAGGACGAGGCCCAGAAGAUUGACCAGGAGCUGUUUGAGGACUACAGCUUCAGUCUGGAGCAGCUGAUGGAGCUGGCUGGAUACAGCUGCGCUGUCGCCAUCGCCAGGUGUUUCCCGAUAGACAACAUGUCGAAGGACAACGGUGCGGUGCUGGUGUGUUGUGGGCGAGGCAACAACGGCGGGGACGGCCUUGUCUGUGCCAGACAUCUCAAACUUUUUGGUUUCAAGCCCUCCAUCUACUACCCGAAACAGAACAACAAAGCCCUGUUUGAGAGCCUGCGUCGCCAGUGUGAGGGGAUGGACAUGCCUUUCCUCUCCUUCUUCCCCUCCGACCCCCAGCUCAUCAAAGACUCGUAUAACCUCAUCGUGGACGCGCUGUUUGGAUUCAGCUUCAAGCCGCCUGCUCGACCUGAGUUUGCCUCCACCUUGGAAAAGUUAAAGACAAUACAAGACGAUGUGCACAUCUGCAGCAUAGAUGUCCCUUCAGGCUGGGAUGUGGAAAGCGGAGACCCUGAUGGCAUCCAGCCCGAGCUGCUCAUCUCGCUGACGGCUCCCAAACUGUGUGCCCGCCACUUCAAGGGGAAGCACCACUACCUGGGCGGCCGCUUCGUCCCCAAGACACUGGAACAGCGCUACAGCCUCAAUCUUCCUGCCUACCCAGGCACCGAGUGUGUAAUAGAACUGAAAACACAGACCACGGAACCGGCAGAAAGUUCCAAGUGAUUCUCUCCGACAUUUGCCAUCAUUCAACCUCCUGCUGUUUGUUAAUAGCUUGAACAAUGUGUGACUUAUAUCCAAACUUUUCCCAACAAUGUAUAGAUAAAAUGUUUGGGGCAGAUGUGUUGUGCAAGGGUUGAAGUUAUUUUAAUAAUUGGUUUCAUUGGGUUAAACUGCUUUUACCUGUAGUAACAUCAUUGUUUAUCAGCCUAGAGGCAGUGUGCAAAAUAGCCACUGGCCCACUAGCCUGUGGCUAGUAAAAAUCCACUCGGGCCAGUAAAUCUGCACAGUCACUGGCCGAACUAAAUAGUAAAUUUUCAUGGUGUCAUUUUUAAAAUAUAUCUCACUCUCUCUGACCUGUUAAGUUAUAAUACACUUUUAAAUUAUGCAAGAUUAUGGCCCCAUAAAUGAUGGUAUUUUCCCUUUUGUAAUCUUUUGCUUAGUUUCUACAUUCAAAUUCAUGAUAGUGAAUUAUUUGGAGGGUAGUAACUUUCAGGCACAACUAUCCCAACUGGUUGGCAGAAUUUAUAAACUAUUUCGCACACUGCUUAGAGGUAGUCAUCAAGUCAUAGAAAAGAGCUUCAAGACCUACCAUAACACGUGACUAAAUCUCAUAAUGGUAUUUUAUGUUUCUGCAUCCAUCAGCAGCAUAUAUCUUUAUAAAGCAAAUCUUCCAAAACUAAAAGUUAAUUGAAUAAACAUAGUCUGUGUGUAUAUUUCUGACAUUCUAGCUGAUUGUGGAAUGGCUGCCCAUGGGAGACACAGAAAUGAUGCUGUUAGUAGAUUUUAUGACACAGAGUCAGGUUUUUUGUAAUACUGGGUGUACACAAUACUAGAAUAUGGGAAAACGGAUGAGCCCCACUUCAGUCUUAAUGACUUCUCCUUACUUCCUUGUAUCAUUUUGAAUUACCGAUGGUCGCAAGGACAGGGUUAUAUUACACAAUAAUACACAGAAAGCAUCUGCUCUGUUCAAAGGUUUAUAUAUUUUAUUGUUCAUCAGUUUUUUCAUUUAAACAAUUUUUUGUCUGAUCGCUGCAUUUUUGCUCAUGUUUGCCAAAGAGUAAAGUGAAACGUUUAAUUUAAAUUUAAAUUCCUAUUGUUAUUUAAAUGAAAAUAUUUGGAGAAAAGGUGAAAAAGUGAAAGAGUUGUGUCCCUUGAUUAAAAAAGUAUCCGCUGCUGAUCAAGUUAAGAUAUUCUGACUGAGAGAACUGAAAGGUUUCAAAUCACAAUAAUUACCCCAGAUGAAAACAGGUCAUUUGAUGACUUCUUACAACUUUUGUCAGAGAGAUGGAUCUAACCGCUAACUGCCUCGUGGUUAAGGCGUUCGCUCGUCACGCCGAAGACCCGGGUUCGAUUCCCCACAUGGGCACAAUGUGUUAAGCCCAUUUCUGGUGUCCCCCGCCGUGAUAUUGCUGGAAUAUUGCUAAAAGCGGCAUAAAACAAAACUCACUCACUCACUCUAACCACUAACUGAUAUUCAGAUUUAAAGACGCAUGAACACUUAAUGGGGAUUUUAUGAUUUCAUUAAGAAUAAAACACAUAUUAACAAAAAGUACAGCACCUGUCAUAAAAAGGGCAUUCAGAAUAUAUUUUUUAAUAAAAAUAUAUUUGAAAUUUUGUGUAGGUGUGGUUAGUAGUCGACAAUGAAAUGUCAUCAUGUCAACUUAGGGAGAGACGAUGAGGCGGAGAUUGUGAAAAGGAUGACAAGUAUUCAAAACAAUAACCCUCCAAAACAGCUAAGUCGAGGGUUAUUGUUUUGACCAACAUUUUCUGUGGGUUCAUUCUGGGCUGGAGAAAAGAGACACUAUAUUUGUGUGGAGCAAUUUUAGACAAAAAAAUUCCAUAUGAACUGCACAGUCAUCUGUUUCCAGGACAACCAAAUCUGAUUGUAGGCAGGGUGUGUGAACAUAAUGUGCGGGAUUUUUUAAAAUACACAACGUGUGAUUUAUCCAGUUUUCUUAUUGCCAUGUGACAUACGUUCCAGAUUGGGCAUACAUUAUUUAUCAGGGCCCUGUUCCUCAAAGCGAUCGUAACCCUAAGAUGAUCGUAACUCCCAUACUUUAACAUAGACUUACGACAGUCGUAGUGCUACGAUCCCUUUAGGAACAGGGCCCAAGGCUUCAUCUGGGUUAAUCUGUUAUUCUGCAUGUCACAUUUUUGUGUAUCAGUGAACAAAAAAGAUCAUUUCUUUUCAAAAUUGUCGCCAGUUUGAGAGUUUGAAAUCCUUGAAAACCCUACGAUAAAGUUUACAUAAACAGUGUAUAGCCACUCACAUUUCUAUACUUCUGAUCUGAUUUAAAUGUAUUUUAACCAAUAAGAUUGAAACUGACAUUCACCUCGGUACAAAUUACCCACAAUUACUAACAGGAUAAUCAUAUUCAUCAUUCUGUUAACAAGGCUCCAGAUAAAGGCCGUAUCGGCGUAUG